AUGCAGAAUUUAGAAGAGUCGAACGACGAUUCCGUGGAUUACCCAAUGGAAACGCCACGGACAGAACCCGAUCGCGGCGUCAACCCGCCCACCGCGGGGGUGUCUCGAUCGGCACCGAGAGUCUGGGACCGCGACGUUCGAGGGCGCAAGGGAACCGUAGAUGAUCACGACUGGGCGGAUCCGGUUCUGCCCGAGUUCUUUCGGGAAUUGGCCUCCCAGAUGGCACGGGGGGUAGUACAGGCGUGCCAGAGGAACAUCGGAUACGAGGACGGCAAGAACAUGAGGGACUUCCUUGAUUUAGCGGAGCUAGAUUUCAUAGAAAGAGGGCUUGAAGAACGACUGUGGGGAGAAGAACUCAAAAGAUAUCUGAGGGGGGACGCCUUGAGAUACUGGUUGUAUCUGCGUCGCACUGGAGAAUCUUUAACUGAUUGGGAGCAACUGAGACAGCGAUUCUGCGAGCAUUUUUGUAGUAUAACUCUGGAACGGAUGAAAGCCAUGCUAGCUAAGAAUGUCUGGAGGGGCGACCACCGCUCAUACUCGGCACGCUUCGCGGACAUUGUGACUCAAGGGGUGUCGGUGGCUCCAGACCUGUUGGUGGGUUAUUACCUGGCCAAUCUGCCAAGUGAACUACUCCGAGAGGUGACCCAAGGGGGAACAAGGAAAUUCGCAGACUGGCAGGCAGCCGCCGCAGCAUUGGCUGCUACGGCGGCACCGUGGAAGGAUAUAUGCGAAGACCACCAACGAUUCCGACGAGACUUAGAGGAUGCCUCACGCAGAUGGGAUAAAGGCGGGAGAGCACCAGACCAACUACGCGAACGAGAGACCAGGGACGACCGAAGGAAUGACACUCCGGACUUACGCUGCUACGUGUGCAGCGGGAGGGGACAUGGCCUAACUCCAUUCCAGUCUCCCCGGAUUGGGAGAAGAGGUUGCAUAUGGGGACUGAGCGGAAACGCACCGAAGGCCCGGAUGUGGGGAAGAACUACGUCGCCUAUCAAGGAAUGGACUAGGCGUAGAAUGGACCGCAGCGGCGAGCAGAACGACGCAGCUACAGGAGGGGACCGCCCGCAGGACGCGGACACGGAAGAACUACAAUGGUGGCGCGAGCAGAAGGUGCAGGAAGAUACCAUGCCCCAGGGGACACUGUGUAGUGUGGGCGUGUGGCGGCACGAUUCUCAGCUUCACCGGCCGUUGGUCACACUUCGAGAUGACCUAUGGCCGCGGAGCUCCUCGAAGUAA